AGUAACAGAGGCGGUGGCGACGGCGGCGGCCGCUGGGCUUCGGUCUCUUCCCGGCAGCAUCAGUAAGAAGCUUAGUGGAACUCAGCCCAACCCAGCCCACUUACGUGAUCUCUGCCUAGGGUCGUAGCUCCCACCUGCAACAUCUAGCCAUUAUGGCAACAUCAUCUGAAGAAGUUUUGCUAAUUGUAAAGAAGGUGCGUCAGAAGAAGCAGGAUGGAGCACUGUAUCUCAUGGCAGAAAGAAUUGCUUGGGCACCUGAAGGCAAAGAUAGAUUUACAAUCAGCCAUAUGUAUGCAGAUAUUAAAUGCCAGAAAAUCAGUCCAGAAGGAAAAGCUAAAAUUCAACUUCAGCUGGUCCUGCAUGCAGGGGACACAACUAACUUCCAUUUUUCCAAUGAAAGCACAGCAGUGAAAGAGCGAGAUGCAGUGAAAGAUCUUCUUCAGCAGCUGCUGCCUAAAUUCAAGAGGAAAGCUAAUAAAGAACUAGAAGAGAAAAACAGAAUGCUGCAAGAAGAUCCUGUUUUAUUUCAGCUCUAUAAAGACCUUGUUGUGAGUCAAGUGAUAAGUGCUGAGGAAUUCUGGGCUAAUCGUUUAAAUGUGAAUGCAACAGAGAGUUCUUCUACAUCCAAUCAUAAACAGGAUGUUGGUAUUUCUGCAGCAUUUCUGGCUGAUGUACGGCCCCAAACAGAUGGAUGUAAUGGUCUGAGAUACAAUUUAACCUCUGAUAUCAUUGAGUCCAUAUUUAGGACCUAUCCAGCUGUAAAAAUGAAAUACGCAGAAAAUGUUCCCCACAAUAUGACAGAAAAGGAAUUCUGGACACGUUUUUUCCAGUCCCAUUAUUUUCACAGGGACCGACUGAAUACAGGGUCAAAGGACCUCUUUGCAGAAUGUGCCAAAAUAGAUGAAAAAGGGUUAAAAACAAUGGUUUCCUUAGGAGUGAAAAAUCCACUACUUGACUUGACAGCUUUGGAAGAUAAACCAUUAGAUGAGGGCUAUGGCAUUUCCUCUGUGCCAUCUACUUCUAAUUCUAAAUCCAUAAAGGAGAAUAGUAACGCUGCCAUCAUCAAGAGGUUUAACCAUCACAGUGCCAUGGUGCUGGCAGCAGGCCUCAGGAAGCAAGAAGCACAAAAUGAACAAAAUGGUGAGCCCAGCAGCAUGGACGGAAAUUGUGGAGAUGCAGACUACUUUCAGCCAGCAGUCAAACGGGCGAAGUUACAAGAGUCUAUUGAAUAUGAAGAUUUGGGGAAAAAUAAUUCCAUGAAAACAAUUGCACUAAACCUCAAGAAGUCAGAUAGGUAUUACCAUGGUCCAACUCCAAUCCAGUCAUUACAGUAUGCAACAAGUCAGGACAUUAUUAAUUCUUUUCAAAGUAUUAGACAAGAAAUGGAAGCUUAUACACCCAAAUUAACUCAGGUUCUUUCAAGUAGUGCUGCCAGUAGUACCAUCACAGCACUGUCACCUGGAGGAGCACUUAUGCAGGGAGGAACGCAGCAAGCCAUAAACCAGAUGGUGCCAAAUGAUAUUCAGUCUGAGUUGAAACACCUCUAUGUGGCAGUUGGGGAACUUUUACGGCACUUCUGGUCCUGCUUUCCUGUUAAUACACCAUUCCUAGAAGAAAAGGUAGUGAAAAUGAAAAGUAAUUUGGAACGGUUCCAAGUUACAAAGCUCUCUCCAUUCCAAGAAAAAAUUCGAAGACAGUAUUUAAGCACAAAUUUGGUAAGUCACAUAGAAGAAAUGCUCCAGACAGCGUACAACAAGCUCCACAUGUGGCAGUCACGGCGUCUGAUGAAGAAAACGUGAAGGGUCAGUAGCUCUCACGGGUUUUGUGAGACAGAGAACUGUGGCCCACAGUGACCCUGAAAACCUGGCCUGACCGACCUGCAGAUGAUCACUUAGAAGUGACAAACAUCUGCACCACGCAGACUCUCGGAGCUGAUGCUGUUGUACUUGCACAUUGUGAACUGAAAGGAACUGUGAUUAAAUUAAAAGCUGGGGAGGUAAAUUAAGGCAGAACCAAAAUGAGCUAAGUUGCAAAUAUAUAUAUUUUAAAAAGACACUGUUUACCGCAGUUACUCAGGACUGCUUUUGAUUCACAUUAAGCUGCUUUCAAAAUUU